AUGAUGGCGACAGCCACGGCACAAUCCGAUAACUUUUAUACAUUGCAACAAAGAUACUUUGAUUAUUAUGUUGCCCAAGUCAACUCUUCAACUGUGUCCCAAGUGCAACAGUUGAUGUCCAACAUUCAGGCCGAUGGAAGCUGGUCCAAUGUCAACUACCAAGACACCAACGCCAUCCAGUGGCAGCCAUUGGUACACGUCAACAACUUCCUGUCGAUGGCCGCCGUCUACUCGGCCGACCACCCCGGCAACAACCUGCAUCAGAGCGACGACCUGCUCAACAAGACCCUGCUGGCCCUCGACUUUUGGCUGGCCAACUCCACCGGCUUCUCCUCGUCCAACUGGAUCCACACGGAGCUCUCGCCCUCCGUGCCCCUCAGUGCCGGAUGUUUCCUGCUGGCCAACCAAACACAUUUGAAUGAGACCCGUCGCGACCUUUUGUUGCCAAUCCUAAACAAGGCUGCAUUGGGCAAUGGAACAUUCCAAGGUGCAAUCAAAGUGCUCGUUGCCAAGAUCAAUGUGCUCAAGUCAUUCAUCAUCCAAGACGAAUCAGUCACCUCUGCCGCCUUUGUAGUAGCCUGGAGCACCCUCACCUACACCGCCGGCAAUACCGAUGGCAUCAAGAUUGAUGGUAGCUUCUUCCAAGGUGAUCCAUUGGUAGUCAAUGGAUACCAUGGCGCUUCAUACUUGAAUGAUGUUCUCACAAUGAUCGUGUUGACGGAUAAUACUUCUUUUGUUGCCGGUAAUGCUGGCCAGGAGGUAUUCGCUACCAUGGCCCUUCAGGGCUCGCAGUGGAUGUCAUACUCUCUCAAUGGUGGCACGUUCUGGCAUUCACAGGUGGUGAGCUUUGCCUUGGGCAUCCCAGAUGGCACCCUGUUCAGUGGCAUCGACCCCAACCUCUUCUGGCAGUCACCCUUGAAGAACUCUGAGUUCCAAGUGUGGGGCAGCCGUAUCAACGGCACCAACACCCUGCUCCCAAGUGGCAACCGUCAGUUCUGGUACAGUGACCUUGUCGUGCAUGCUCGCCAGAACUACAUGGCCAGCUUGCGAUUCACAUCAAAGCGCACAAUCAACUCCCAGUGUCAGUUGGGCAACGGCUACACCACCCAGAAGAUCGCCGAUGGCUCGUUCCUGCUAAUUGUCGAUGGCAGCGAGUACUUCAACAUCUAUCCCUUGUGGGACUGGCAGAGGAUUCCGGGCAUCACCUCCGAGGUCAACGACACCCAGGUCGCCUGUAGCGCUGUGCGUGCUGUCGGCACCACCAAGUUUGACGGCUCACUCUCUGAUGGAGAUUAUGGCAUUGCCGCCAUGGACCUUGCACCCACCUACUCCACCGUGCGCGGCAAGAAGGCUUGGUUCAUGUUUGACGACCAGAUCGUGUUCCUCGGCACCAACAUCACCAACACACUCAACACGGCCACAUUGCUCACUUCGAUCGAGCAGAAGUUCGAUGGAGGCAACAACAUAUUCACAAGCAAUAACUCGGCCAGUCCAUUGCCAAAGGGCGGCAUCAACACGUUCACCAAUGUGUCUUGGGUCCACCAUGGCCAGGUAGGCAUCCUCUUCCCAGACGUCUACAACAAGACCAAUGCGGCCCCAGUUACCGUCAACGUGGGCACACAGGGCAAGGGCGCAUCGUGGCAGUACGUCGGCACCGACUCCAAGGGCACCAAUGGAGACAUCUACAGCGUCUACCUCAGCCACACUGCUGGUGGCGCAGUCCAGAACCAGUACCAAUACAUAAUGUUCCCCAACAUGAUGUACAACACCUUCACCUCGCAACUGGAUACGCUGGCCAAGUUGAUCACAGUCAUUCGUAAUGAUGACUCUGUGCAGGCCGUCGCACAUAGGACACUCAACAAUCUUCAGAUGGUCUUCUGGAAGCCUCAACAGACCGUGACCACACCCUAUGGCUUCAAGGUGACCUCGCAGUUCCCAAUCUUGAUCCAAGUGCUCAUGAUCAAUGAGACCAACUACGACAUCACAGUGAGUGAUCCAACACAAUUGUUGGCAUCCAACAUUGUUGUGUUCCAAUACCUGGAGCUCAAGGGUGACUUCUGUGUGUUUGACAAGGCGACCAACUACUCGACGGUCACCUUCUCAUUGCCAUCGGGCAAGUUUGUAGGAUCAUCGAUCAAGAAGCAUUAUCUGGUGUUGAGUCAUCCAGUGCCACCAGUGUCAACAACAGGAGCAAACCCAACUAUUGGCACAUCGACAACAGCCGAUGGCACAAUGACCACCUCAACAACAGCCGAUGGCACAACAACUGGAUUAACUACGGGAACAACCACUGGCACUACCACUGGCAGCACAACCUCGCCAUCAGACUCGACCACAACAGAAAAAACAACGUCCAGCACUGAUCGCCUCAUUCCGGGCAUGGUGGUCAUUUGUAUCCUCAUGGUCAUUAGUCUUCUUACCUUGUAA